AAACGUCGUCUUGGAGACAGAUUUGGUGAUUGUGUGUGAAUAAUAAAGUUUGAAAAUAAUAAUAUGAAUUUGCCGUAUUAUGGAUGAAGGCUAUAAAAAUGUACAACAAACAUCAGAAACCACGAAUGUCCUUCCGGAUAUUGUGCACGCAGAGCAGGCUACCGUCGCUAAGGUUGCCUCAGACGACAAUCGAUCAAAUAUAACUAAAGAUCAAAGUGAAGAUGAAAACACAGGAAGAGAAGCUGACACAGUUGAAAGCAAAUCUGAGUCGGAAUCUAUAUCUGAACAUAUUGCGAAAGGAGACUCCUCUAUCAGUGAAUCUGAGGCUCACCAGUCCCAACAGAAAUCCCACACGAGUUACUUUAGCAGCCAAAAUGUGACAAACACAGAAGAACCCGACUCAAAAAAUAUUGAACUAUCACAUGUAACCGAACAUUCUGAGGUGCAGAGCCAAAAUGUGAGCGACAUUCAGAGUGGACAGCCUGUACAUAGUAUAGCUAGCCCGAGUUUAUUAGAAACAAACCAGGAAUCCUGGAAUGUGUCCGAUGUGCACAUUAGCGAGGAGAGUCCAGUUGUGUUGGCUUCCUCUGAUCUCUCCUCUAGAGAUAUCACUAAACCUAAGUCCCUGUCACCCAAACCUGAUGAUACCCCCAUACUAUCUCCUCAGAGUGUCUACCUUGAUUCCCUCAAUGAGCCCGAGGAAGAUUCUCAAGAGAGUCCCAAAAAUGAGGAGGAAUCGUUGGGAAAAUGUAGCUCAGGUUCGGAAGAAAUAAUAAAACUAGACAUUCGGGGCCAGGCAGCACCGAAGUUUCAGUAUGAAGCUGCUAAGAUCAUAUUUGGUCCUCCACCUGAAAAUUCUACUAUAAUAGGACCAGGUAUAGAGCCUAUACCAAUAAUCACAAAUUUGCUCUCCCCAUGUUUUGUUACAAAUGAAAGUGUACAAAUACAGGAAGUUUACAACCCACCGACUGAAGAUGUACCUGAUAAAUCGAUAACUCCGCCUAGCGAAUCAAGUUCAAAGAUAGAGCAAGACGUUUUGGUUGAAGAGAUUCUUGUGCAAGAUAUCACAAGGGAGGAUACAGAAAGGCAUGAGGAAAUGCCAAAGUCUUUUAUUCCGGAAGAAAAUAUAUCUUAUUCUACUUUAAGUACUGACUAUAAAACAAUUUGUGAAGAGUAUAAUGGGAAGCUUAUGCACUUGGAAGAAGCUAUAAUAGAGCGCAAUAAACAUAUCGAGGAUCUAAAGGUCUCGUUACAGAAAACACUUCAUGAGAGGGACAGUCUCAGGGAAGAGAAUGAUCAUCUCACAACUGAACUACAAAACCUCCAGCACAUUAUCGGGGAGAGGCCGAGUUCUGACCAUGAUACAGUUAAGGGACAGUUGUCAGAUUUCAUUAAAUACCAAAGCAUGAUAAAAGACGAUACAAAGUUUUACUCCGCUUUGCUCAGCGGCAGCACCUCUUUACAAAGUUCAAACGGCGAGAAGGAUAUGGACCGAGAGGAAAUAACUAUAGAUCACUCAAAGUCUGACAUUCGAACCUCCACCCCUGAGGAACUCGAAAGUGAAUUAGAAAAAAAACUAAUAUCCCUACUGAACACAUUUGAAGAAAGUAUAGAGGACAAUAUAAAAAAUAAACUAAAAGAGAGCUUAAUGCAGUUUAUGAUAAACGAAAAUAUACAUGCAAAUACAGAAUCUGAUACAAUAAAUAAACUAGAGAUGCAAAUGAAGCAGGAAAUACACGAGAACAUGCUUAAAGUGAGUCAACUGAGGGAGCUGCUGACAACCGUGAAGGCUGGCUCCGCAGACAUUGACAAGCUGCGAGAAGAACUGAACAUCAAACAUGAGGAAGACUUGAACAAUCUAAGGAAAUACUACGAACAGAAAUGUGCUGAUGUAGCCAAAAAAGAGGAAGGUUUUUCCGAGGACGUGGACCGCAGUCGGUCGUGCGCGUCGCCAGAAGCGGGCGCGGGCGACGCCAGGCCCUUCCGCUCGCUCACCAUUGAGCUGUCCAACAUCGUGUCUCCCGAGCUGGAGGCGGCGGUGCGGCGCUACGAGCGGCAGCUGGAGGAGCUGAAGCAGGAGCACGUGGCCUACGUCAGCGAGCUGCAGGCGCGACAGCGGGAGACGGUGCUAGCGCUGGAGGAUCAGAUAACACAACUAAAAGCGCACAUACAGACGUCAGAGAACACUGAACCGAACGAGUACCCCCAGGACAUUGAUUUGGAGUUGGAAAAGGACGCACAGCUGCAGGACCGUGACGAGCGCGUACGCAAGCAGACCAUACAAGAGCUAGGACGAAAGCUGGAGGUGCUGCUGUCGGACCCGGACGCGGAGCUGUCCAGCUGGCCGCUCGAGCUGGUCACCCUACGAGACAAGAUACAGCCACCAACAGCACCGGACACCAGGCCGGCAGACGAGAAGGAGUGCUCCGCGGUCCGCGAGGAGUCGCCGGCGGACGGGGACAGAUGGCGGCAGCGGCGCAACAACAGCUUCGACCAGAACCGACAGCUGGAGGAGCUCACCAAGGAGAGGGAUGAGCUGCGCGCAACGGCGUUGAUGCUGCAGUGUGCGGUGUCGCAGCUGGUGGCGUACUGCGCCAGCGCGGAGGACGAGCUCAACCGCACCGUGCUGCACAACCUGCUGCGCCACUUCGCACCCGACGACAGCACGUUCGACGACUCGCGGCCUUCCAGUCCGGGUCUCGACGUGUCUCGUCGCGUCCACUUCGCGCCUCGUCUAGACGACAUCCUCGCGACGUUAGACGAGAGCGCCGUGGCCGGUUACCUGCGUCACCAGCGAGACCUGGGCGCGAGUAUCAAGGCGGAGUUGGAGUUGUCGUUACGCCGGUUGCGGACCGAAGCGCAUGAGCUGCUGCAGCUUAGCGAUAGAUUGACUACCAGACCUGCAAACGAUUCCAAAAUGAUUGAAUGCAGUCCGGUCAAGAUUACCGAGAUGGUCGAAGAAUAUGAAAAGCAGAAAGAUUGUGAAAACUGCCAGUACCAGAAAAAGUGUAUGGGGGAAGCGAUGGAGGAGUGUAUGCUGCGCGAGGCGGCGCUGCGGGCAGAGCGCGACGCCGCCAUGCUGCGGCUCGCGACGCUCGGCGACGCCCCGCCCCCCGACUCGCCACCCACCUCGCGCGGAGACGUCAUUGAGGGGUAUGGAGUGGGCGCAGGCGAGGUGGGCAGUGCGGGGGGCAGUCGCUCGUUAGAGAGCGCGCGGUCCCCUCGCGAGCAGCUCGCGAUAUUGACAGCCGAUCGAGACGACCUGCGACAACAGCUGGAAUCAGCAAGCGCCCAACUGCGGUCUACUCGUAAAUUCGUCGAGGAGCAGGCGGCUGAGCGGGAACAGGAGCACGAGGAAUGGGCGGCGAGUCUCGAACAGCUACGAGAGGAAAACGCCCGCCUCGCUACCAGAUUGAGUACUAACGCGAGGAUAGUGGCUGAGAUUACGAGUUUGCGCGGCACGCAGUGUGAAUUGCGGACGCAAAGUGAACGUGUCGAGCAGCUGGAAAAUGAAAUGCGCAAAAUGAACCAAAUCAUCGCAGACUUAGAAGCAAGAAAAUCUAAAUCUGACGAAGAGGCGAAAGCUUCCGAAGAACAAAUCGCGUACCUCCGUGAAGUAAUAGACAACUUAGAGAACAAACUAGAACAGAAGACGAGUAGAGAGGCAGAGGUAUUAAAACAGCUGGAGGAAAUGAAACGGACGAUAGAUGAAAGAGAUAGCAAGAUAAGGGUGCAGCUCGGCGAGCUGGACUCGUUGAGGAGCGAGAGAGCGGAACAAUCUGACUAUAUCUGUCCCAGGUGCACGCAAGACGAUGACAAAUAUAAUGAACUCUUGAAUCAAGUCAAGGAAGAGGCGGAGCGUGUGGCGCGGUGGGUGUGCGCGCGGAGGCGGCGGCUGGAGCGUGCGCACGAGCGUGUGUCCCCGCCCACUAGCGACCAAACCGAGGACGUUUCGCUGCGGGACCGCCAGGAUGUGCCGCAGAGUCCCGAAGUGGAAUCCGCCGGGUCAUCAGACGAGGAGGCGGACGGCGCGGGGGGCGUGUUGUCGGUCGUGUGGGCGGCGCUUAGCGGGCAGGCGCGCGCCGCCGACGCCGCGCUCAAGCGUAUAGCUGAUCUCGAGAUGCAGCGGACGGCGUUGAAGGAUAUGGCACAGGAGGUGCGCGCGGAGCGUGACGUGCUGCAGGCGCGCAUGUCGGAGCAGGCGCUGCGGCUGUCGUCGCUGUCCGCGCGCCUGCAGCGGCAGCGCGCCGACGCGGACGCGCUCGCGCACGCCGCCAGCAGCGCGCUCAGCGUGCAGCUCAGCGACGCGCACGCAGAGGUGCAAAGAUUGAAAGAAGAGCUAGAGUCUAAAGACAAGCAGCUGGCGCGGCUCAAACAGGGCGCAGAAGAGAGGGACAGGUGUCAUGACAAACAUCAGCCGCUCUACGGGAAUUUGUGUAAUCCCAAAGACAAAGUGGUGAUACUAGAGAAGGCAUUAUCCGAGGCUCAGUCCAAAAUCGCCGAGCUGGAGGAAAUGGCUCAAGCCCUGGAGUCGGAGAAGGAGGCCCUCGAGGCCACGGUGAGAGACCAGCAGCGGGCUAUCGCUGAUAAGGAGGAGCAGCUCAAUGAGAUUAUGGCUCUCAAAUUGGAAGAGGAAGAAAAAGAAAGGAGCGAAGUUAUAGAGGCGAAAGCUUCCGCCAGGACUCUCAGUGAUAUCGUCUCCAUAUCGGAGUACGAUGAAGAUUUGCAGAUGAGACGGGCUGAGGUCAAAAAUCAUAGUACUAGCUUCACCCAGCCGGAUAAACUCGCGUUAAACAAAACCCUUCCUCCCGACGCUCAGCCCAACAUGAGCUCGCUCCACGCUGACUUCGUCGAUCACUUUGACUUCAAGGACGUUACUCCUCACGCCGACUCCCUCCCAGUCUACCUCACGUCCACACAAAAUAGGGAGGUCUACAAGAGAAGCGUCAAUGAGAUGACGGCCAUCGGCAGCGCAGGAAAAGACAGCCUUAAGAUACCAGACAACUGCUCCAUUUACCCCAACAGAGAUAUCAGUGAUAGUAAGAACAUCAGUGUUGAGCCGAAGAAGAUCAACUUCAGUCUCGAACCGUCAGACAAUAAAACGCACGACGAGGAGUUUCCAUCGCUACAGGAGCUGGGGAUAACUCUGGACAUGAAACGAGAGAACUUCCCCAACAUUCUGACGCAAUUGAAACAGGAGAUCAACAAAGCAAAAUCAGAGCUACAAAUGUAUAAAUCCCAGUUGAAAAACGCAGAAGAACAGCUCUGCGAGUUCCCAGCUCUGAAAAAGGAGGUGGAAGAACUUAAAACGUUGCUAGACAAUACGGUAGCGGCGAUGGAAAACGAUAAGAAGUUUUACGAAAACCAGUUGGAGAGUUUCUCUGUGAAUAAGAAGCUUCUGGAACAGAGGCUGACGGAGUUGACGCGAGAGGCGGGAGAGAAGUCGAAGGACUUGCAUCUACUGAAAGAGGACAUCCUCCGCCGGGAAAAUAUGAUACUAGAACUCGCCAAAGAGAAACGCAACCUGACUAGCAAAAUAGCAGCUCUAGAAUCUAGAAUAGAAGAGCUGCAAAGUAAAAAUGUAGUUUAUGAAACAUAUGAAAUAGAAAAUAAACAAAUGAAAGAGAAAAUGAAUGAUUUAAAUAAACUAGAACAAUUGGUUUCGGAGAAGAAUCAACAAAUUGACAGUCUUAACCAGCAUUUAGACAGACUGGACGACUUGCAGAGGCGACUCAAUGAUAAGAAUGAGGAAUUAGAACAAGUCAAAGAGGCGCUAGAGGAAAAAACAAAUGAACUACAACAAUUACAAGACUCCAUAAGCGAGUUGAACAGGGACAUAGCUAAAGUGAUCGAAGAGAACGACCAACUCAGCUAUCAGAACAACGAUUUGAAACAAAAACUUAGCAAAAUAGAGAAAGAGCAAGAAAACGCUUCUUUAAAAUUACAAAAGAGUGACAAUGAAGUAGAAAGAUUGAAUUCGCUGAAUAAUGAAUUGACGUCAAGAAUAGACGAGAUGAAACAGCUGAAUCAGUGUCUUAAAGACAAGGAGACGGAAAUAGAAAUAUUGCAUGAAGAUAUGGAUGUAUACCACAAUGAAAUAGCAUUACUGAAGGAGCAACUCAAAAUGAUAUCUAGAAGUCCCUCGCCAAGGACUAAAGUGGAAGACAAAAUGGCGUCCGACCGUCAAGCGGCUAGUGAUAAGAAACAGCUAGUGAAGAUAAAGAAGCAGAUAUCACAUCUGCAGCACGAAUUGGACUUUAACAAGAAAGACUUAAAUGAUAAGGCCUUCGAGUUGGCAAAGGCAAAGUUGGAUUUGACAGAAAUGAAAGCUAAUUUGAGUCAAGCUACCAAAGCUAUAUCUGAGAUGGAUGCUAGCAACGUCGAGCUAUUGCAACAGGCUGACAGCUUGAAAGUGGAGAUAAACAAGCUCAAAGCAGAGAAGCAACAGCUUAGCGAGCAGUUGGCGGUAGUUGUAGCUAGGAUAAGAGAAGAAUCAAACGUCACAGAAUUAAAGGAGAAGCUUAAAGAGAAGACCGAGAGGUGUCAGGAAUUGGAGGUUCAGUUGAUGAACGCGAGAGAACUGGUUGACAGUCACCGACAGUUGGAGUUAGACAGACACAGGGAGUUAAACAGACAGACAGAGUUACAUAGCCAUAGAGAGCUGACGGACAGACAGAUGGAGUUGCGGUCGCGGUCACCGACGGCGGAGUUGGAGCAGGCGGUGCGAGCGCAGCUGGACUACUCGCACGCGUUGGACCAUCAGAUUGUGGAGCAUAUUUUAUCGGCGAACAGCGACGAUCGGGAUGACAUUCCACGCCUUGCACUGAAUUCGUCCAGGUCGAGUUCGGUGCAGUCGACGUCGUCGGAGCGGUACGCGCGGCUGCGCGCCGACAGCGACAAGCUGCAGCUGCAGGUCAACAACCUGGAGUGCCGCCUGCAAGACAAGGACGCGCUCAUCGCAGAGCUCAACAGGGUACGUGAUCAACUGUCGUCGGAUCUACAGUGUGCGGCGCUUCGCUACGAGGCGGAACGGGACAAUUCCGCGCGCCUCGCGCUAUUGCUGGACUCUCAGAAGGAGUCAUCUGCGGCGCUACACCAGCAGGACUCGAACGUGAUAUCCCUGUUGCAGCGGCGGCUCGAGAGCGCCAUGCGGUCCGACGAGCGCGCGCCGCCGCUCAGCCCGCCGCGCCGCGCCGCCGACGACCCGCGCGCUGAGGCGGAGUGGAGUCAACUCCGCAGCUCGAUAUCAGUGCUGCGUGCGCAGCUGGAGGCGGAGCGGCGACGCUGCGGCGAGCUGCGGGCGCAUUUGGACACGUCGCGUGCGCACGCCGAGCGGGACGGCAGAGCCCGCGACGCCGCACUCGCUGCGUUGAGGGCGGAGCUGGCCGAGCUUAGGAGGCUAAAACGCGAGUCGUGUGAGGAGCUGGCGCGAUGUCGCGAGCUGCUGCGAGCACGCACACUUAAUGACCGGCAGGUGGAUGGGUCCAAAACGCCGAGGUUCGAGGUGGAGAGUCCCGAGCUGACGCGGCUCAAGGGCCGACCCACUGCUGAGGACAAGGACCAAGCCAUUCGCUUCCUGCAAGCCCGCUGCCUGCUGCUGGAGAGCUGGCGCAAGGCGCUGGUGUGGCAGAAGCGCUACUUGCAGCGCUCGCUCGCACCCUACCACGAGAUGGAGGCCCGCGUGCUGCCCCCCGCCACGCGCUCGCCCAUAGCCCGCUUCCGGACGGGUGCGUGGUGUGUUGUGGCGGCGUUACGGCUGCGGUUCGUGGCGGCGCGGCGCAUGCGCACACGGGCUCACUCGACGGACGCGCUACUGCGUGUACAGCAGUGCUCGUCACCGCUGACGCCGCUAUCGCGCGAAGUGACGUCACUGCGCGACGUGACGUCAUCGCGGCUGCGACGCGACACGCUCACGUUCUCACCCGCACUAGGAUAUGGCACGUCAGGUGACAUGCCACGCUCACCCUUAGCCGUAGACUCGCCGCACAGAGAACCAUUCCUACUAAACCCCGUCCGCGGCGAGAGCACGCGCAAGCUGUGCGUGAGUCGCUGCCUCACGCGCGCCAUGGAAUCCGCGCGAGACGUGCCCUGACCUCACGCCGACGUCACGUGACCGCACACCUAGACACGUGGAUAUCACGUGGACAUCACGCGGCGCGCACGCGGAUACCUCGCGAGCGUCGCAAACGCAUCACGUGAUCCGGCCGCAGUUCCGUGCGUGCACGCGCUGCGUGCGUGUGUCGUUACAACAUAUCGUACGAUGCGCGCCACACGAUAAGACUGUGAACAAACACAAUAACGUUUUCUGUUGUAAAUUACCAAGUAAGCCGCGGCCGAGCAUUUCCCCCGACGCAUUUCCCUAGAUAAGUAUUAGAUUAGUGCCAAAUGUUUUUUGUUACUUAAUUUAUUUUCACCGGUCGUGCCGGGUCACUUCCCCCGCCUUAUCUCUAUAUUUUUAUAUUGUACAUAACGUCUUGCCAUAAGUUACACGAGAGUACAAGUUAGAAUAAGUUUCGCCAUCGACAAAUAGAUAUUUAUUUAGCGUAAUAGAUCUGAGAUAAAUAAUGUUAGUUUUAGUUGCGGUCACAAGUUUAAUUUAGUGUUUGAGUGCGAGGAUGACAAUGUGUGGUUCGAAUAGCUGUAGUUAUGUCUAUUGUGGCUACGGGAUAUGAAAGCCUAGAAUUCUUUGAGUAUUAUAAUAAAGUGUACUUAUUCAGAAUGUAUGUUACGUGGUCACUGUGCGCGCUGUUAAUUUGUAUCCAUAUUUCGAUUUAAGUUAGUGAUAAAUAUCGGACCAAAAGUAUUUAAGAUUCAUCACAAGAAUAUCAUUUUUGCCGUUGUCAUCCCAAUCUCGAAAUUUCCGAAAAUAAAAUUAGCCAGUAGGGACGUUACUUUAUUUGUUAAACUGCAUGACAUUACAAUUUAUUAACAACGUAAAAUAUAUUUUUAAAGCUAUUUAAAAACGUUUGACUUCGAAUUUAAUGAUAAUGUAAGUAUUACUAGAAUAAUUUAGAAUAGCGGGCAGCGGGGGCCCCAGUGGGGCACACUCGAAGCUCCAGGGGCACUUCAGGACCUCGUCUAGGGCACCGAGGCCCCGCUCGCCCCGGCCGCAGUAUUAGUGACGACAUCCGCCGACCACCCCUACCAUCUACACUCAUCUCACCAAAGACUUAGCUGUAACUACUAUAAGUUCUCGAUCCCAACGACACGAACGAACAAAACGCUUCGGCUACACUCGGCCGGCUUCGGAAAUGUUCGUUUUAUUUUAUUUUUAAUGAACUACACAUGCAAAAUAUUGUAAUGAAAUUCUAGCUAUUUUAUAAUAUUGUUUAUCCUAGUUUUAGCUAUUUUAUGAUGUUGUCUCCCUCUAAUUUCCGCGAGCCGAGUGUAGGCGGGGCGGUCCGCACAGAACGGUAGGAGGCGCGAUCUUCUAGUCAAGUCGCCGGUGCCAUAUCGCUCUCUCACGGUGAACGCUGAUGGAAUUUCGAAAUAAAUGAUCUUUUUGUA